AUGAAAGUUUUGAUUUACUUUAUUUUUCUUAUUUCUCGACAUAUUUCUUGCUUAACUAUUGAAAGUGUAACUGAUGAAUUGACGAUAAAUCUCACACUUGCGGUUGAUGAGAUUAUUUCAAAUGUUCUGUCACAACACAGUUCUUCUGUUGUUUUGAUUUCACCAGAUAACUGCAAAUAUGAUUUUAAGGAUUUCACAAAUCAUCAAUUAAUGAAAGCUUUCGAGAAAGCUAAAGUUUCGAUCUUGUUUGAGACUUCAACAAGCAUAAAAAGUGAAUCGAUUGAUCCAAUACUUUGUGGUGUCUUCACAAUAAAUUCAUUUGAUGACUUUUUGGAAAUAUUCCGGAAAAUCUCUGAAAACAACAUCAUUAGACAUGACGGAUAUUUUCUCAUAGUCCUAGCCAAUGGAAAAAUUCCUGAGAUCGAAAUGAUUUUCAAACUGUUUUGGAAUAUUCAAGUUUACAACGUCAAUAUAAUGUAUCAACAGAAGGAAAAUCGUUUUGUAACUGUUAAACCCUUCAUGCCAUUUAACAAAUUGAACUGCAAUGACACGUCAGCCAUAACUGUCAAUAAGUUUGUUAAAGGAAAAUUUGUAAAGAAUUUGAAAUAUUUUUAUCCACAAAAGAUGCGAAACUUGCACGAUUGCUAUGUUCGAGUUGCUGUUGCUAAUAGUGCACCGCCAUUUGUCAUUGAAAAGAAAUUAAGUAAUGGAAGUAGUGAGCUAAGUGGACAAGAUAUUUCUAUGAUUAAAACGAUAGCAGAGUAUUUGAACUUCAAAAUUAAUUAUAGCUUCAUUGGCCACGAAGGAUAUCUGCUUGAGAAUGGUUCAGCUGUUGGACCAUUAAAAACAUUAAUUGAUGGUGACAGUGAUUUAUCAGUCACGAAUUGGUGGAUGAUACCAGUGAGAUUGAAGUUUUUGGACAGCACAGCGCCUUAUUUAGUUGAACCUGUCGCAUUCAACAUUCCACCUGGACAAGACUUGACAGCAUUUGAAAAGUUGACUUUCCCUUUUAGUACUGGCUCGUGGAUAUUGAUUGGAAGUUGUUAUCUGAUCGGAAUUCUUGUUAUCUUCAUUGUCAAACGUUGUUCUGAUGAUGUUCAGAACUUUGUGUUUGGUUUGAAUGUACGACAUAAUUAUUUGAACAUGUUCAGUGUGUUUAUGGGCGUAUCAACUUCCAUUCUACCAGGAAGAAACUUUGCAAGAUUUCUAUUAAUGAUGUUUCUCAUUUAUUCGCUGGUUGUUCGUUCAAUCUAUCAAGGAAUUUUCUUUCUCCUCUUACAAUCAAAUCGACAACACAAGGAAGUACAAACAAUCGAUGAAAUGAUUGAAAAGGAUUUCACUUUUUAUGCUUAUCCGGGGCAUUAUCAGAUAAUAUCAAAAUUUGAUAAAAUUCGCGAUAGGUCAGUGAUUCUUGAAUUUCAAGAUGUUCCAUCUUUUAUAAAAAGAAUUAAAACCGAUGCUUCUUUCAAAGCCGCACAUGCUUUAUCAUACUUGGAACUUAUUUAUAAAAAUCAGCAAAAUAUGAGUGGACUUCAACUUCACAUUUGUAAAGAAUUUUUAACAUCGAACAUUCCCGUUGUCGUUUACACUCGAAAGAAAUUUUAUCUUCUGAAUGCAUUGAAUAAAAAACUUGACAUUCUUAAAGCUGCUGGAUUAACUGAAUACUGGAACUUUCAACCAAUUAAUAAACGGUUGUUAACUUUGAAAGAGAUUGAAUUGCCGAAAGUUUUAACACUCAACCACAUGUUAGGAAGUUUCUACAUUUUAUUCCUUGGAAUUUUAAUAAGUUUUGCUGUAUUCAUGUUGGAAUUUAUACAUUGUAUCUAA